AUGACGUGCUGUUUCAUGCUUUGCCACUUUGUUUUCAACGAUUCGCUGCUGCGUUUUACGGGUUUGUACAAGAAAUCUGGAAAACUUGUGUUCCUGGGCUUGGAUAACGCAGGCAAAACCACUCUGCUCCACAUGCUCAAAGACGACAGGCUGGGUCAGCACGUCCCGACGCUACAUCCCACAUCAGAGGAGCUGACGAUUGCUGGCAUGACCUUCACGACUUUUGAUCUGGGUGGACACGAACAAGCUCGCCGGGUGUGGAAGAAUUACCUGCCAGCCAUCAACGGGAUCGUCUUCCUGGUGGACUGCGCGGAUCACUCACGUCUUAUGGAAUCCAAAGUUGAGCUUAAUGCGCUAAUGACGGAUGAAACGAUAUCCAACGUGCCAAUCCUUAUCUUGGGUAACAAAAUCGACAGGCCGGAGGCCAUCAGCGAGGAGAAACUGCGGGAGAUCUUUGGGCUCUACGGACAGACCACGGGAAAGGGAAACGUGCCACUGAAAGACUUGAACGCGCGUCCCAUGGAGGUGUUCAUGUGCAGCGUGCUGAAGAGGCAAGGCUACGGCGAAGGCUUCCGCUGGCUAUCGCAGUACAUUGACUGA